AUGUUGCAGCACAAGUUAUCGCUGGCGACAACACGGUCGUCCAACUCGUCUUCGUCGUACAAUGCCGCGAUGCUAGCGAAGAAGGAGCGACGUAUCCCCAUCUACGUGCGGAUUGUGCCCAAGGACAUCUGGCUUCGGAUGCACGUCAGUCCGAGCCAGACGGUGGGUUGGAUCAAGGAUGCGGCGCUGCGCAAGGUGAAUGCGCCCGAAGUGGAUCCUUCGCUCUCGUACCGCUUCUACCAGGAUGCACUCAACGCGGCGUCGCAAGCCAAGCUUGCGCCCGUCGCCAGCCACGACCGCGUAGUCAAGCACCGCACAUACGCCCUGCCCCGCACCUUUGUUGCUCCUCCACCCGAGCUGGGCGAUCCAAAUGCGGGUGUCGUGGCUGCCCUUGCAAAGGGGGCAAGGGCAAGAAGAACACCUCUUCCACCAGUUCAAUCGAGACGUGGGGACGACUCGACAAUAGCGACUUCGCCAUCGACGUCCGAGCUGGGAGGUGGCCGCACGGGGGCGUCGGAAACAUCGCAUUCGCAGACGAGCGAGGAGGAAUGGGCGAUCCGUCUCGACCCCUCGCUCAUCACGGGCGAUCGAGACGCCAAGCUCGAGGAACAACUCGCCAGUCUGCGUCUGGCGCAGUGGACCGCCAGUCGCACCGAGCGAUCCCCCCUGGACAGCCUUAACAGUACACCCACCAUCGCAUCCAGCAGUCAGUUCGGCACCGACCCGGGCAGUUCACCUUGGCUAGGAAGCCAGUGCACGGACGAGCGGUCGCAGGGGAGCAGUGGAGCGGCGGGACUGUACACGCAGGCGGGUGCGGCCGAGUCGUUCGACUCGCUCGCAUCGGUCGGGUCGGACGAGGAGACGGAGCUGGUGACGACCGCCGACGACGAGGCGUCGGUCAUGCAGUGGGGCACGCAGGCCGAGGCAUCGCCACUAUCGAGCCCGCGUGGACCGCAGCCGAGUUUGAGCGAGCAGUCGCCCACGCGGCCACGCAGUCGCACAGUGACAGCCGCCGACGUGUUGCGUUCGCGGGCCUCGGGCGAAUCGCCUCCGCCAAUGCCCGAAGCCGUCUCUUCGCCCACACGCAACUCGUCGCUGCCCAAGACGCUGCCGCGCCGCAUGGUGGCCGAGACGAGCCAGCGACGCGCCGUACACACGGAUCUGCUCGAACUGCUCAAGGGCUCUGCUGACGACGUCGAACCGCAGCCGCGCCGCACGCAGCCAGACAAAGGCAUGGUGCGACGCACCUCGAGCAGUGGCUCUGCGUCCAUGGCGGGGGAGAGCGGCACAUGGACCUCGCCCACGCCGUCUGCCACCGGCGAGAGCCGCUUCGUGGCCGGGCUGAGGUGGGACGAGAUCUCGCGCCCCGGCAAGGAGGUGUCUCAUCCGCUAUCGCACAAGCUCACGCUUCUCUCGUGUGCGAACGGAUGCGAGAUGGAAGAGUGGAAGACGGUCCAAUCGUACGCCAUCCGUCCAUACGAGCUGCUCGAGAUGCAGUGGGCCAUCCCUACCGAACGCGUCUACAUCCCGCCUCUGCAUCCGCAUGAUCUUGUCCGCCCCCCACGCAGCACGGGCAAGGAGCCGCACAAACCCUGGCGCACCGCCACCGAUGCCGGUCCGGACGUGGACGCGGCGUGUCUCGACCCGUACUUCGAGGGGUGGGUGUACGUGCUCAAGGGCGGCGGAGUGGCGGGCAAGGAGAAAGCGCGCGCCAAGGUGGGCAAGUGGAAGCUGCACUGGCUCACCAUCAAGGGUUGGCGGCUGGAUCUGUACCGAAAGAAACCUCGCGCAGGUGAAGCGAUGCUUCCCGUAGCGGACCAAGCGUGGCCGUUGCGUUCGGUCGAGUGGGUUCUGGAAAGCGACACACCCAUCCCGCCGAACGCGGCACUGCCUGCACUCGACACCAUACCGCCCUCGAGUCUCUCGCUGUGCUUCACCUCGACACCUGCAGCUAGUGGGGCAGCAGGCGAAGGGGGAUUGUUGACGCUGCGGAGUCUAUCGCGCUUUGACCACAAGGCGCUCUCGACGCUGCUGAUGCGCGCGUGGUACCGCGCUGCCACGACCUGGCCGGGCGUGGACAUGUGGCGACGCAAGGCGAUCUUUCGCGCCGUCGUCGCCGGGCGUGGCGGUACCGUUGCCCCCGGGCGUGCUGGGAGAGGGAGGGGGAGGAACGCCAAGGCGCGCACACGACUUCGACCGUCUGGAUGGCCGCGGGAGUGGGAAGACGCCGACGUGUGGUCGAGCGACUCGGAGCGCGAGCAGGUCGAAGUGCCACUCGAGCUCGAAGAGGCGGUUCAGCAGCGCCGCGACACGAUCACGCAGCUAGCGGUGGAAAAGGCAUCGCGCCGAAAGAAGGAUGACGACAAGGUGGUUGUUCCCAACGGACUGUACGCUGCGCUGCUCGGACGGACCACAGCGGCUUCGGCUGCAGAAGAGACGGCGCGCGAUUCGUCGCCGUACCAUCAGGGCAGUGGACACGGCCAUGCGAGCAGGCUGGCGAGUCGAACGAGCGCCACUCGUGUUGCGUACGCCGAGCCGGGACUCAUGCUUGGCAACCAAGUUGAUCGUCAGCCCGGCGCACGGCGUGGCGCGGCACGCGGGGAUGGGUCUGGCGAUACUGCGAUGCGUCGCCAACGCAGUGGCUCGCUCACACGGUCGGCUUCCGGCGGCGAUGUGAGUGCAGCGAGGUCGCGCUCGCUCACCGUCUCCAGCCCCAGCGGCGCAGGUGCGACACGCGGCCGCAGCAACGACUCGUCGGCCCCAGGCAGCCGCAACGUCUCACCUCUACCGGGAAGAAGAUCGGGCGCCAGCACGCCACGCGAGAACGCGGCACUGUAUCCAAUGUCGCCUGCCAUCGCACCGGGCUUUGUCGACGUGCCUCCUCCUGCAUCGCUGCUGCUGCUGAAAAAGUACAAGGCGAGCCAAGCGUCCAAGCCCCAACCUUAG